AUCCUAACAGAAAAUCCCAGUAAAAACGCUAAAGGAAGCGUCUUGUUCUCUACUAAAGUAGAAGAUGAAGACCAACGUGAUGAACAUGCGAUUAUUCAGACAGAAGAGCAGCUGUAUUUAUGUUCACAAUGUGGGAAGUAUUGUACAGAAAAAGCACAUCUUUGUACACCGAAGAGAAUUCAAAUAGUAGAGAAGCCAUAUUUAUGUUCUGAAUGUGGGAAAUGCUUUGCAGAAAAAUCAAAGCUUGUUACACACGAGAGAAGUCACACAGGAGAGCAGCCUUUUUUAUGUCCAAUAUGUGGGAAAUGUUUUACAGAUAGAUCAAAAUUUGUUAUACAUCAGAGAAAUCACACAUUAGAGAAGCGAUUUCCAUGUUCACUGUGUGGGAGAUCCUUUACAGGUAAAUCAAGUCUCAUUAUACAUGAAAGAAUUCACACAGGUGAGAAGCCGUAUUCAUGUUCACUAUGUGGGAAAUGUUUUACAAAAAAAUCGAAUCUAGUUACACAUGAAAGAAGUCACACAGGAGAGAAACCAUAUUCAUGUUCAGAAUGUGGAAAAUGUUUUACAAAAAAAUCCAAUCUAGUUACACAUGAGCGAAGUCACACAGGAGAGAAGCCGUUUUCAUGCUCACUAUGUGGUAAAUGUUUUAUACAUAAGUCCCAUCUUGUUACGCAUGAGAGAAUUCACACAGGGGAGAAGCCUUACUCCUGUUCACUUUGUGGAAAGGGCUUUAUAGAAAAAUCUAAACUUGUUAUACAUGAAAGAAUUCACACAGGAGAGAAGCCAUACGCAUGUACAGAAUGUGGGAAAUGUUUUGUUACUAGAGCCAAACUUGGGUAUCAUCAGAGAAUUCACACAGGGGAGAAGCCAUUUACAUGUUCAGAAUGUGGAAAAUAUUUUAUCACUAAAUCCAGACUUUGUGAUCAUCAGAGAAUUCACACAGAGGCAUUUUGAGGAAGUAUUUGUGGAAAAUGUUUUACAAGGAUAUACAUUUUUAAAACUCUGCAGAAUUCACACAGAGUAGAAAGCAUAAUGUUGUUUGCAUUGUGGUGAAUGCUAGAAGAGGAAAAAAUAUGUUUAAUUAGUUAUUUGCAGACAUUAAAUGGUUUUUCCAGUG